AACUUGAGUCGACCACUCAGACGAUUAGCUAAGUGUCACAGCUGCCGCACAGCAGCAGUAGGAACCUUGCGAGUUCUGGGAUACCUUCCGUGUGAGGAGAUCUUCGCCGCAUAUUAGCCAAGUGGAUUAUAUCAAUUUCAGGUUUCAGUCAGAAUGAAACUACUUCUGCAGACAGCUCUCUGUUGCUGUCUGCUGGUCGUUGUUACACCCAGUGCAGGGAGCGCCAAACUGGACUCCGAGGUGAAACGGAGACUGACCAUGUGGCUGCAGAGCCGGACAAGAAGAGAUUUAAGUGGCGUGUCUACGGGCAGUGAGGGAAACGCGGCACAGAUCGUCAGACCGGAAGAUGUCAGGGAUGCUUUGAAUUCGCGCUCGAGCCCUGAUGCCAGCAUACGGGUGAGGAGGUCCAAGUGCUCCUUGGGAACCUGCACGGUACAUGACCUGGCGCAUCGCCUGCACGUGCUCAACAACAAGUUCAAGAUCGGCAGUGCCCCCAUCGACAAGAUCAGCCCCCUGGGGUAUGGGCGGAGGCGCCGCUCACUGCCCACCCGCCAAGCUGCCCCGCUGACAAAAGGGCUCCAAUUCCAGCCCGUGUGGAGAACUGGGGAAAGCCGGGUGCGAAGGCUAGAGAAGCUCCUUCGACGGACUUGAGCAGGGGAGGGGAGGGGUGAGAUGGAGCUCACCGUGGCCAGCACCUUCUGGCCAGUUUGAAGAAUUCCUCAGAAGCCUCAGACUCCCGUUGAGUACCACGGACCAGCAAGGAGAGCGGCGCGUCACCUGGACAGAGGGAAAGAGCAGCUGGUCAACGUGCGGGUAGCACCUGAGGAGAGUUGCACCACUGGAAGACUUUCAUUGGUUGGGGGGAGGGGGGCUGGAAGGGAGAGCCAUGGUCCGAGGUGGGGAGGGCAGGGAUUUGCCAGGGUCUGAAUCGCAGAGGGGGUGAGGGAGCUUGCUGAGCACACUGUGGAGCGGCUGGAGGAAGAUGCUCACACUGGGGGGAGGACAUCGGUAGCUGACUCGCCUUUCUGUUUUCUGCCAGCUCUAGAGGAACAUCUGUGGCUCCUCCUCAGCUCACAUCGUGGGACCCUCAGGACAGAACACCUCAGUGGCCAAGGCACCCCUGAUCACCUGGAAAGGACCCUCCAGAGGGAGGGAUGCUGAACCUAAAAUGCAGAUAGAUCUAUAUCAAACUAUGUAUGCGGACACUGUAUGGCAGAAAUCUCACAAUCUAAUACAAAACUUUGCCAGCCUACCAGGGAUGGUGCUCUACUUGAACUUGACUUUUUUUUUUAAACAGAGAAAUGUGCAAUUAUAUAUAGUCUAAAUAUAUAUGUACUUCUA